AUGCCUUUACAAUUCUGGUUUAUGCUACAAGAAUCUUUAUACGAUCCAGAAGUAAUUCCAGUCAUUCCUAAUGUAUCUGGUAAUAAUACGUCUGUACCUGAAGCUGAAACACCCAAUAUUUCACUCACAGGUGUUCAGCAAAUACGAGAUUCAUCUAUGGUCGUUUUUCGUAGACUAAUAGAGGUUCUUCGGUGUAAAGUACAGUAUCCGCCAGAUUCGGAAUGGGCAGAAUGGUCUAAAGAUUUAAAAGAGCGGUUUAGGCAUCAUAGAAGGGAUGUUGGUGAUACAAUAAUGAAUGCCUAUUACGUUUUGCGAUGCCAAAUGCUGGAUUUUUUAAUAGAAUUAGCCAUAUCUCAAAUAAAUGCACCAGGAAGAGCUCCAAGUCAGUGGCAGGAUUUAGAAUCUACAUUAUUUUGUAUAAAAUCAAUAUCUGAGGCCAUAGAACAUGGCGAAAACAUUUAUUUAUCACGACUUUUUGGUGCAGAAGUUUAUGGAGUAUUGCCUGUACAAGGUCAUUCAAAGUUAAGAAACACUGCACUUUCACUUAUUGGUUCUUAUGCAGAAUGGUUCAAAUAUAACCCUCAAUAUUUAUUAUCUGCACUUAAUUAUCUUAUUCCCGCGCUAAGCGAUAUUGAACUGGCUUUAGCAGCUGCGACAGCAUUUAAGGAAAUUUGUGAUACUUGUCGUGAUUCGUUAGUUAAUGGUAUAGAAGAUCUAGUUAAAAUUUAUAUAGUCGUUGGCCCAAACAUUGAACCAAGGGAAAAGCAAAAGGUCAUCGAAUCGAUAGCAGAUGUAAUUCAGGCUUUACCUCCAGAAAAGAUGAUACAACCUUUAUUGACUAUAACCAGUGAUAUUAUCCAUACAAUGAAGGAUGCUAUUGUACUUGGAAAACAGAAUCCUCCUCAAUUUCGGGAAAUUAUUAUCACACAGUUAGAAUAUCUCACAUGUUGUGGACGUGGCAUUCAACCACCCGACGAAGAAUUAAUAAUAAUAGAUGAAAAUGAUUCAGAAAUUAAACGAAAUCAUUUUGCUUUUGAUUUAAUACCAGCUCAAGGUCUGGUUAAUACUUUAUCAGAAAUUAUUCGCGACAUUGCAGAAAUUUGGUAUCAAGAUAGUGAAGUCAUAGAGUGUCUCUGCAAAUUCCUUAAUACUGGAAUCCGUAUUAAAUCACAUUUGCUUUCCAUGCCUUUCGAAGUGAUUGUAUAUCUAAUUCAAAUUUCUUUCCAACGACAUUCACACGCUAAUUGGUUAGAAAUUGCAGUUCAAAUAGUGAUCGUAUACGGAUCAAGUUCGAAACACAACGUCGCUUUGAGAGAUUUGUUAUUCACCUUAACUUCUACUACUAUACAAAAUAUCAGAAAUCAAGCUGAGAUGGAUCAAUAUCCAGAUGUUGUUCAUUCGUAUUUUAAGCUUCUCACAGAAAUUCUUAGAAAAUGCCCGUUAAUAUUAUACUCCUUACAAUCUGAUAUGUUUAAUAGCAUUAUGAAAUUUUCUGUAGCAGGCCUGGGUUUACAGGAAAGAUUAGCUUUGAAUUCAGCGGCGAAUUUUAUGGGAGAAUUCGUAGGACAAAAUUAUGAUGAUAAAGAAUUGGCAACGGGAAUUGAAAAUGUGAUGAUGACAUAUGGAUUAGAGAUAAUGAGAGAGUUGUUAUUGGGAAUCGGAGGUAAAUUACCACGGUCAUGUGUUAUUUCAAUGUCUUUGGUUUUAUUUAAGAUGAUAGGACGUUACAUCGAAGCUAGUAGAGAAUGGUUGAGAACCUUAUUAGCACAGGACAAUUUCCCUUCACCACAUGUGAAUCAACUGACCAAACAAAAUUUUGCUAAAGGAAUUCUAAGUACAAGAACUCUUAAACGUUUUAAGGAUAUCGUGACUGAUUUUUCAAUUAAAUGUCGCGAUCUUGAAGAUUCAGCUUAUGGUUAUACAUAG